AUGUUCGUCGUAACGUCCGAUGCUACCGCGAGAUUCACUUUCACCAUAUCUAGCCACUACGUUUGCAAGUCGAAAGGUUGCUGCUCGACUGAUGCUAGCCACAGAUUGAUGCUAAUGACCUACGGUACACACAGGCCAAACGAGGCAGGACCUGCGUCCCAGCCCUACGGUCACAGACAGCGGACACUAAACCAUCGAGAUGGUGUGAGCGACCCCGGGAAGCCACAGUUGGGCGGGAUGCCUCUCAACGUGGCAUGUUUAUGUGAUCGUGAGGGUGUGGCAGAUCCGGGCCCCUCGUCUUCCGGCGCCUGGCUGUGUGGUCUUCAACCGCGACGGGGGAGGAAACAUGUGUGUGGUCCCAGCAGACCGGAGACGAGCCGAGUUUGGGCUCAAUCUGGAGUCCAAGCUCCGAUGACUGCCGGCAACUCCUUGAUUGGCCACGUGGCAAGUGGUGCUCAUGGUCACGGGAACGGACAAGGCAAUAGUGCUGCUGCGGCUGCCACGAGCGAGACCACGACCAACAUGUGCCUGGGGAUCAGGCUCCGUCUCCUCCUGCGACUUUUGACUAUCGACCGAUGCGCGCCCCGUCCCCAGAAGCACGCGCGCCACGAGGAUCGGCGUGACCGGAACCUUUCCCAGUCGAGCAUGGGGAAAAGAGCCGAGCCCCCCUGGAGGUGCAUGUCGGUGCACAUUUUGUCCAUGAUUGCAGUGAUGGCCGACGUGAUAUCGAUGCAGCUCGCCACGAUCGUGGUUCGGCCCGUUGAAUGGAGCACGACACGAGCAACGACGAGAAAUGUCCGGCAGUCGUUGUGGAAUGAUCGAUGCCGUGGGUCGUCCAGAAGGCCAGGGUGUUGGGCACAUGAGAAAAACGUGUAUGCGAUGGUUCUGGACCCUGAACUUGGCCACAUUGGUGAUGUUCCCCGCGAAACGGCGUCGAGGGCGGGUCUCGAGAUCACAAGAGUACCAUUUUUCGACUCGGAAUGCUUUCAGGGUCCGUCUCGAGAUGCGAACCCCCCCUUGGGUGCGGCUGAGGAUCAGGCGCCGGACCCUGGUUUGUUGAUGUUGCAGGGCGUUGCCGACCUGGCAGAGCUUGCAGGUUGUGCAGGCAUGGCAGACAUUGCAGGACUCGAGCAGCUGAGCCUUCCAGCGAGUGAGGACUGCGAGACCGUCAUCGAACUCGUCAGUGAUGAUGAUCGCGCACGCUCAAACGACAUUGGCAAUGACAUUGGCCAAGGCAUGGCAGGCCAUUGGAGAAGCAACAUGGACCAAGGCCUUGUUGGUAAAGUGGGCGGUGUCUUUGCUAGGCGGCUGUCAAUUGCCGAAAAGGGUCUGGGACGAUGCCUGGAAAGCUGA